AAAUAUUUUACACAGCAAUCAUCUGAACGGUUUAUCAUUCCCUGUGCCAUCGACGCUAUGACAAAUUCAACGGAAACAGGAAUAACCGGAAUGCAAGUAGCAGAGUAUACUUUUUUCACCAUCAUAUUUAUGAUUGCUGUCACCGGAAACACGCUGGUCUGCUUGGUGAUUUUUCAAACUCCGCGCAUGCGUACCACUCGUAACUACCUCCUGGUGAAUCUAGCGGUGUCCGAUCUCAUGGUAGCAUUGUUUUGUAUCCCCUUCGAUGUGGUAUUGAAAGUGACGCAACCUGUCUGGCCUCUUGGCUCUGCUAUGUGCAAAGUGUUAUGGCCGGCUAUGACUCUCUUUACAAAUUGCUCCGCUGCAACACUUGCUGGCAUUAGCUAUGACAGGUGAGUGUUAAAGUACUCUUGGCAAUUUGCAGACUUUCCUAGGGUUUCAUACCCUGGAGGGGACAGGUAGCGAAGCCCUCCCCUUCGUGGGAGGCUAACACACUCCACAUCAGUCUUUAUCACAGAGCCUAAAUUUCUCUUGUUUAGCGGAACAGAGACGAAGAGCUCCUCUAUAAGCGCGCGUUUAUCAACGCGCGCUUAUAGAGGACCAGAUUCUAGGACUAAGAGUACCUUUGUUCUCUCACGCACUUUAAAUACCCUAAUGAAGCGCACCGUAGGUCUCAGGUUUGUCAGUCAAAUGACAACUGUUACGAGCUACCGACGUAAAAUAAGGACCUUGAACCUUUUAAUUACCUUGAUGUGCAGUUAAGCCGGAAGUUCAAAGAUUCGGAACGCUUUGUCCCAGAGACCCUCUGGUCAUCAUUAUCAUCAUCAUCAGCAUCAUCAUCAUCAUCAUCGUCAACAUCGUCAUCUACAUCGUCAUCACCAUCACCGCCAUCAUUGUUAUCAUCAUCAUCAUCGUCGUCAUCUACAUCGUCAUCACCAUCACCGCCAUCAUUGUUAUCAUCAUCAUCAUCGUCGUCAUCUACAUCGUCAUCACCAUCACCGCCAUCAUUGUUAUCAUCAUCAUCAUCAUCGUCAUCUACAUCGUCAUCACCAUCACCGCCAUCAUUGUUAUCAUCAUCAUCAUCGUCGUCAUCAUCGUCAUCAUCAUCAUAAUCAUUGCCACUUGCGUAUGCGUACCAGUAGGCACAUAAGGCUGCGAGUUCAGGCCCCACCCAGAUCGCUAGCUGAAUCUGAUUCUCGGUAGCCCCGAGUUUCAAACCUUUACUUGACAAUACUUGUAAAUAGCGAGCUUCUUUGUCUCAGGCCAGUUGACAUUGUCAGCAUUGAUAUGUUUAUUGGAAGUAUUUGUUUCACAUAUUUCUCAAUCUCAUGGACCUUUGUGCUAUAGACAUUUCCUAGCGUAAAUAUGGUUGGUUUUAACAUUAAUUCGCUGAGAAGACCCUUGUUUGUUUUUACUAAUAAGGUACCGCGCUGUAAUUCACCCGUGGAAGCCGCGCUUCACCACAGUUCAAACUGCUGUAAUCAUAAGCACUACAUGGCUCUUGUCCCUGAUUCUCGUUCUUCCAUAUGUCCUCGCGCUGAAGAUGAAAGAUGGCUCCUGCGUAGAAGACUGGCCUGUGCCAUUUGCCGUUAAACUGUACACCAUGGGCCUGUUUAUCUUUCAGUACACUCUUCCGCUGGUGAUCAUCGGCUUAGCGUACACGAUGGUCGCUCUAAAGCUACGCGAGCAGGCUUCUCGCAUAGCGAAAAACCGAAAGAUAAGUGGCAUCUCCGACAGUGCUUACAGUAAAGCUAAGAAUUCCUUCAACAAGUACAGCGAAGCUGCGCAAACCGAUGAAAGUGAGCUACCGUCAAACGAACACACGGCCGUUUACACUCAAAAUCCAACCGCGACCAAACGCCUGGAGAACUCCCAGAAAGAACACACUUCCAGCGCCCGACAAGAGGAGAAACGCCUCCACCGCAACACUAAGAUUGUACAAAUGUUGGUGGCCGUUGUCUUAUCUUACGCCAUCUGCCUUCUGCCCAACCAAGUGGUGUGGUUAUGGUACGAGUUUGGUUCAGGUUCGAAGUGGGUUCAUUUGAACACAUUUCUUACUUUUGGAAGCAUUAUGGUUUAUGUCAAUAGCUGUGUGAACCCGCUUCUGUACGCCGGUAUGAAUGAUGAAUUUAGGAAGGGUUUUGUUAAAAUUCUAAAGUGUCGAAGCAAGAUUUUUCGUCCCUACAUUCCAUAG